GCAUUGUCAUUCACUCACUGGAACGCAUUCAACUCGUCCGCAACAUGCAUAUAUCCCGAGCCGUAACCACCGCAGCCGCCGCGGCGACUCCGCGGUUCGCCAUGUAUUACGACCAGUGGCACACUGCGUCUCCUAGCAAGGAGCAGAUGGCCGGAAUAACGCACGUGAUCACCGCGUUCGCCGGGACCACGCUGUUUACAAGCGACCCGGCCAGUCCUUUCACGCCGUUCGUAGACGCAGCGACGCUCCGCAGCCAGUUCCCCGAAGGAACCAAGGUAUGCGUGGCGAUUGGCGGAUGGGGCGAUAGUUCUGGGUUCUCCGUCGGCCAAAAGGACGACGCGUCGAGGAAGACGUAUGCGAAGGGCGUCGCCGCGAUGCUGGAAAGUCACGGCUACGACUGCGUAGAUGUUGAUUGGGAAUACCCCGGUGGCAACGGCGAGGAUUAUAAGCGGAACCCCAAUUCAGGCAAGGUCGACGAGAUCGCCAACUACGCCUUACUGCUCCAAGAGAUCAAGUCAGCAAUCGGCGAUAAGGAACUCUCCAUCGCUGUUCCUGGGCUCGAGAGGGACAUGAUUGCCUUCACACCCGAGCAAGUGCCCAAGAUCAACGCCGCAGUCGACGUCGUCAAUGUCAUGUCAUACGACUUGAUGAACAGGCGCGACACCCAGACGACGCACCACACCUCAGUCAAAGCGUCCCUCGCCACCAUCGACAAGUACAUCUCUCUGGGCAUGGACGCAUCGAAGCUCAACCUAGGCUUCGCCUUCUACGCGAAGUACUUCGUGACGCAAGGGGAAUGCGCGCAGCCAAUCGGGUGUCCGACGGUCGAGCUGGAGGACGCGAACGGCGGGGACACGGGCAAGUCGGGCGCGGUGACGUUUCUCGAGGGCCCGCCCGUGCUGUCGAGCGGGAAGGCGGACGAGGAGGAGGGCGGCCAGUGGUACUGGGACCCGGCCGAGAGCAAGUUCUGGACAUGGGACACCCCGGAGUUCAUCGCGCAGAAGUUCGAGAAGAUCGUUAAGGCGAGGGGGCUGGGUGGCGUCAUGGCUUGGAGCUUGGGCGAGGAUUCUGCAGAUUGGACAUACGUCAAAGCUAUCCAGGCUGGUUUAGCUACGCUAUAAGCGGUUAACCUUAUGCUGCGUGUUUUAUAGAGAGGGUUUGUUUUUGAUACCAUUUUUUGUAACAUACAUCAUUUCAACUGAGACAUUGAGUCUUG